CGUGGGGCCCACGGGCGGCGCGGCCAGGGGCAGAGCGGCGGGGUGAUUUUGGCUGGGCGAGCGAGAGCCAUGGCGGGCGUGGUGGACUUCCAGGAUGAGGAGCAGGUGAAGUCCUUUCUGGAGAACAUGGAGGUGGAGUGCAACUACCAGUGCUACCGCGAGAAGGACCCAGACGGUUGCUAUCGGUUGGUGGACUAUUUGGAAGGGAUCCAGAAGAAUUUUGAAGAGGCUGCCAAGGUGUUGAAGUUCAACUGUGAAGAGAACAAACACAGUGAUAGCUGCUACAAACUGGGGGCCUAUUAUGUGACUGGGAAAGGUGGACUAACCCAGGAUCUGAAAGCUGCCUCCAGCUGCUUUCUGAUGGCAUGUGAGAAGCCGGGAAGGAAGUCCAUGGAGGCAUGCCACAACGUUGGUCUCCUGGCACAUGAUGGACAAGUCAAUGAGGAUGGCCAGCCUGAUCUGGAGAGGGCCAGAGACUACUACACAAGGGCCUGUGAUGGCAGCUAUGCCUCUAGCUGCUUCAACCUCAGUGCCAUGUUCCUGCAGGGCGCCCCAGGCUUUCCCAAGGACAUGGGCCUGGCAUGCAAAUACUCAAUGAAAGCCUGUGACCUGGGCCAUGUCUGGGCCUGUGCCAAUGCCAGCCGCAUGUACAAGCUGGGGGAUGGUGUUGAUAAGGACGAAGCAAAGGCUGAAGAGCUAAAAAACCGGGCCCGGCAGCUGCACAAGGAACAGCAGAAAAAUGUCCAGCCUUUAAUGUUUGGGUAGUGUGGCUCACCCUCCUAGGCAACAGACAGCUUGAGGCUGGCACCUCCUAUUUCUGAUGCAGCCCUUGGAGGUCAACCUGCUGGAGCAGAAAGACUUGGAAUUUAAUAUCAGUAACUCUGAUUACGUAGACCCAGUGCCCCAGAGUGUCACCUACUGGGAUGUAGUCUGAGAUGCUUAUUUCAGUCAAUAUUCCUCUAUCUAGUGUGAUCCACAUUUAUGGGAUCUUGGUUCUCAAACUCUGCAGUUCUAUGAAAAAAAGCAAACCAGUGAGCCGUAGAGAUUGUGGGGGUGGGAAGGAGGGACAGAGCAGGGAGUUGGAAAAAUUAGCAGCCACAGGGCCUGAAAGAAUCAAACAUCAUCAUCACCAUCACCAUCAUUAUUUUAGUUGGGAGGGCUUAAAAAAUCAGAAAGUAUCUUGAUUUGUAUAAUAGAGGGUUUAAGGAACUAAGAACAGUUAAAUAAUCAUGACUGCCACCCUCUGACUUACAUAAUCAUUGGUGUGGGUUUCUUUUUUGCCUUUAGAGUCAAAUCUUUCAACACAUUCAGAGAUUUGGAGUUAUGUUUGAUGUAAAAGUUAAAGGUCAUUAUGCUUCAGGGUUGCCAAAGAGGAUAAAACAUAAGCCUUCCUUUAGUGGAGGCAUUCACAUGUUAAAAAUUAACAUCCCCCGGCCACUCAUCUGGGACUGCUAAUAAGGUAACUUGAGCUAGGGUUUUGUAAGCAAGGGCUUGGUGAUACAUUUUGUCCUUCAGAACUGAACCUUCUUAACUGUACCUGUGAAUGAACUAUUUUGAUUGAUUAGUAGUUUGUGUUAUUAGUGUUCACUCCAGAGUCUUGGUAGGUUAGAGAUUAUGUUCUUCAUGUUUGCUUUUUCUAUUCUCUUCCUUACUUGACGCUAGGGGGCGAGCUUGUCAUUUUCCUGCUGGUGACAUGAUCGUUAUUUCUGUCAUCACUUAAUGUUUUUGGGCUUUCAGUUUUGCAGCUGUUCUAGAAGGAACGCAUACUGUAUGGAUGAAGGUACUUGUAAGCACAGCCUGCUUGCUUCUCAAGUUGAUAGAAGAGAGAGACUUUCCCAAGAGCAGAGAAGUUUUAAAAAGUGAGUUUAUUUUUAAAAUGCAAAGAAACUUUAGUUGUGUAGACCAAUAAGCAUAUGAGAAAAUUCUCGACAUCACCAGUCAUUAGGGAAAUGCAAAUCAAAACCACAAUGAGAUAAUUACCUCACACCUCUUAGGAUGGCUAUUAUCAGAAAGAAAAAAAAAAGUAAUGUGUCUUGGAGAGGAUAUGGAGAAAUUGAAAGCCUUAUACAUUGUUGGUGGGCGUGUAAAAUGGUGCAGCCACUUUGGAAAACAAUAUGGUGGUUCCUCAAAAAAUUAAACAUUGAAUUACCAUUUGGUCCAGUAAUUUCACUUCUGGGUAUAUAUCCAAAAGAAUUGAUAGCAGGGUCUCCAAGAAAUAUUUGGACACCCAUGUUCAUAGCAGCAUUCACAAAAGCCAAAGGGUGGAAGCAACCCAAAUGUUUAUAGAUGGGUGAAUAGAGAAACAAAAUGUACAUGCAUACAAAUGGAAUGUUAUUCAGCUUUGAAAGGAAGGAAAUUCUGACACAUGCUAUGAAAUGGAUGAACCUUGAAGACAUUAUGCUAAGUAAAAUAAGCCAGUCACAAAAAGAAAUACUGUAUGAUUCCACUUAGAUGAGGUAUUCUUAUCUUAUAAAUACCUAAACUCAUGAACUGAAAGUAGAAUGGUGGUUGCCACAUGUUGGGGGGAGAGGGGGAAGUGGGGAGUUCUUUAAUGAAUAAUAGUGUUUAAAUUUUGCAAGAUGAAAAAGUUCUGGAGAUUAAGCUGCACAAAAAUGUGAAUACACUUAACACUACCAAACUGUAUAUUUUGACAUGGUUAAGAUGAUACAUUUUUUUUUCCUGGCUGCAUCGGGUCUUAGUUGCGGCACAUGGGUUCUUUGUUGUAGUAUACAGGCAUCUCUCUGGUUGUGGUGUGGGCUUCUCUCUAGUUGUGGUGCAUUGGCUCCAGAGUGUGUGGGGCUCUGUAAUUGUGGCACACAGGCUCUCUAGUUGUGGCACAUGAGCUUAGUUGCCCCGAGGCAUAUGGGAUCUUAGUUCCCCAACCAGGGAUCGAACCUGCAUCCCCUGCAUUGCAAGACUGAUUCUUAACUACUGGUCCACCAGGGAAGUCCCUAUGGUGAUAAAUUUUAUGUUAAUGUAUAUUUUACCACAAUUUUUAAAAAGCUGUAAACAUUUUUUUUUAAUGCAGGAUUUUAAGUUUUUGAUUCUAAAAGUAAUAUGUUCUCAUGAAAUGCAGUUUGGUACACAGCAGAAGAAACAGUUAUCCCUCGCUAUCUAUUAAUCACCUUCCAGCAUACUUUGGCCCAAUAGUGUUGUUGUUUAACCAUUUUUUUUAAGAAUCACAUCUUUUCAAUUGAAUAAUGGGUUUUGUAAUCUUGAAGAAUUAAGUUAACUUGAUUUUUGGUGUCAGACGUGCUGGGUUAUUUUUAUGGACCAGUUCCUGCCUGGGACCCGUGGUGCCAGCCUUCCUUGGAUCACACACUGAGAUGGGGCUGGGAACGAUGGAGUGAGCAUUAACAGUGUCCAAAUGUUAUGUUUCACAAAGUCUAUUAAAAUGCAAAGAAUAAUAAUAUACUGUCCAGCAGAGGCCAAGGCCAUUUCAUACACAGGUUGCUAUGGGAAGGAGUAGGUUCAUAAGAGCCAGCAUGGUUGAGUUUCUCACUUUUGUGCAACCUCUGAGGCAAGGUUUGAAAAUGGGUUUUCACACUCUGGUCUCAGCAAGCAAGAUCAUUAGUCUGUCUGUUGGCCAGCAGGCAACUAUUUCCAACAUUUUUCCUCCGUCCCAGGCUUGGGCUGGGUGGUCUAAUGGGGAAGAAGUUCCAUAGUUGAUGGGUGGUUUGUGUUCUCGUUAGUAUUCUCAUUAAAGUCUCACAGUGUAGCACUUGGUGCUGUGAGAAAGAAAGGAAUCAGGAGUCCUAGAGAGGCAGGGGGAGGUGGGGUGGGGGGGCUUGAGAUUUGGGUUUUAUCUUGUUGGUCAUGCUGCGUCACUGAUGGGUUUUGAGCGGGAGAAUGAAAUGAUCACAUUUGGAAAUUAGAUCUCUGUAGUGUGGAAAAUGGAUUAAAGAGGAAUACGAGGAGGGUGGAGUCAAGCAUGGGGUUAAAAAAAAACCCACAUUUUUAGCCUGAGCGUAUAGAUGGAUAGGGGAGCCAUCCAUAUUGAUUUGGAGCCUGUGAGAUCAAGAUGGGAACAAAAAAGCUUUUUUGAGCUGUUUGCUAAUUUAAAAUAAAAUUUUGAAAUACUUUAUA